UAAACAAACUAAAAACUGCCGUCCUCCUCCGCCAUCUUCCACCACCACCAGACCAGCACGAGAAAGAGCAGAGAAGCGCAAAGGAGGACACUAUUAUUUUGUCUGAAAACGUAAGCUAGCUCACUAGCUAUAUCGUUCAUCUCUUUACAAAAUGAGUGACAUUGAGGAUGGAAACUUCGAUGGACGAGACUCUCGCUCUCCAUCCAAAUCGGACCGUGGCAGUCCUGUCCGGGUCAAGUCGGAGAGCAGAUCCGGCUCCCCGAGCCCAUCCCGGGCUGCCAAACACUCAGAGUCUCGCUCCCGCUCUAAGUCCAGGUCUCACUCUCGGAGGCACUCCAACCGCAGGUACAGCCGCUCUCGCUCCCCCUCCAACAGGAAGAAGUCCCGUUCCUACAGCCCGGAAUACCGGAAGAAGAAGAGCCAGAGCGCGUCGCCUAACCACCGCCGCCCCAGCAGCAGAAGCCAUGACUUCAGAAAAGAGACAUUCAGUCAGGGAGGAGGUGGUGAGGAUGCCAGGGCGAACCCUGACCCCAACCAGUGCCUGGGGGUGUUUGGGCUGAGCCUGUACACCACAGAGAAGGACCUGAGGGAAGUGUUUGGCCGGUACGGCCCGCUGGCCGGGGUUAACGUGGUGUAUGACCAGCGCACUGGGCGCUCCCGCGGCUUCGCCUUCGUCUACUUCGAGAGGAUCGACGACUCCAAGGAGGCGAUGGAACGUGCCAACGGUAUGGAGCUGGACGGGAGACGUAUCAGAGUGGACUUUUCCAUCACCAAGAGGGCCCACACCCCUACGCCUGGCAUCUACAUGGGCCGACCCACACAUAAUGGUGGCGGUGGAGAGCGAAACAGUGGCAGCAGUGGUGGAGGGAGGAGGGGACGGGACUCAUACGACCGAUACGACGAUCGACGGGGCGGCGGCUAUGACCGUGGAUACGACCGUGGAUACGAUCGGGGAGACCGGGGAUACGACAGAUAUGACGAUUACGACAAGUACAGUCGCAGGCGCUCUCCCUCUCCCUACUACAGUCGAUACAGGUCACGCUCCAGGUCUCGCUCAUACAGCCCACGACGAUACUAACAAACUUCCAUCAAGAUUAAGUUUUCCUUUUCUUCGUGACCCACAUGGGAACGGAGCCGUUCGGGAGUGUUGUCAAGCUAACUAAAGUGUAUAUCUACUGACAAAAGCUCCUCUGCAACUUAGCACGAAAGUCGGAGUUCGGAAGGAGAGUUGUUUGUUUACGUGCUGUAGACGUCUUGAUUUUUAGACUUUUUCGAUGCAUCCAUGUAGUGUGUGCUGAAGACCCAGAGGGUGGUAAUGAAACCUGUUGAGCCUGUUUUGAGUAUCUUUUAAAAAGCACCCUUCUCCUUCAUCACUGAUCUGUAAGUGACUGGAUAAGUGGAAGCAUGGUAUACAUUUUAUUGCUUUCACCAAUCCAGCCUUGUCAGAUCAGUGAUUAAGGAAGAAAGGAUGUAUUUAAUAUUCAAACAGGCUCUUUGGUUUUAGUAAUAGGAGGAAAUGUUAAAUGGAUCUGAGAGUAUCAGUGGAUUGAGGAGGGUCUUCGUUUUUGAUUCGGAUGUUUAUCGUCGGGAUACCUCCAGAGAUUUUUAUUUUGAUGUUUGAUAAUUUUUUCUUUUUAUGGAAAUAAAAACUCAAAUCCUGGUG